CAUUCACGCCAGUUAGGGCUUCGAUUUCCAGCAAUCGCUCUAGAGCCGCAGCGAAGUCUAAGGCAGUGUAGAAGAAGAAGAAGAAGCAAUCGAAAGAAUAAGAAUGAAGUCUUUUAGGGCUUUGGUACCCAGAUUGCAGGUGGCGUUGAAGUCUGGUUGUGUGAGAAAAUAUGCUACUGAUGCUAAUUAUGUGAGCAAGGACACACUUGGAGCAGCAGCUGGACUUCCUGUUAUAUUCAGAGGAGGAAGAGGGACAAGACAGAUAGUCAGUUUUCGGUCACCGUUUCAACUUGCUGAGAUCAAUGGAGCAAACUCCACAAGUUUUUCUUUUGCCAGAUCUUUUGCAUCAAGAACUUCAAAGUCCGCUGGACAAAAGACGUCGGAGACUAGAAAAGACAUAUCUACUGUUGAGGACCCCUUUGAUGCUCCAACAUACAACAUCCCAGAGAAACCAGUGACAUUUACAGAAGGAGCUUCCUACAGUGUUAUCAUUCUUGCAGGGCUUGGAAUUGCUGCUGCCGCAGGAUAUGCUGUUUUCAAGGAACUUAUAUUUGAACCAAAAGAGUACAAGAUUUUCGGAAAGGCUCUGAACAGGAUUCAAGACGAUGGUCAGGUUAGGGUUAGAAUUGGAUCCCCUGUUAAGGGUUAUGGCCAGGAAAGUCGGAAUCGUGCUGCUCGGCAACGGAUUCCUAAUAGGAUGUGGACUGAUGAAGAUGGCGUUGAGCAUGUUGAGGUUAAUUUUUAUAUCCGUGGACCACAUGGUGCUGGCAAAGUAUACACGGAGAUGUUCAAAGACAAGGAGGAUAAGCAUUGGAAAUUCACAUAUUUGAUUGUUGAGAUCAAAUCACCUUCUCCAGCACAAUUGAUGCUUGAGUCUUAUGUUCCGGCCUGAACUCUUACUUCUGAAUCGUUCAAAUCUGAGAUCAGGCCAUCCUGUAUGUGAAUGCCAUGACUCGGUGCAACCAGUAGUCCUUCAAAUUUUCCUUUGGUCCAGGCAUCAUUGAGUAUGAUUUGUUGAAACAAGUUCUGAUUGUGGAAGGUAGAGGAAUUUUAAUAAGCACUGUACAGUUUGCUGGGGAAGCUAUAUCUUUUGGUUUAUUCUAAUUAGCUUGAAGGUGGUUCAUGUCCUUUUGUUCUGCUUAUGGAUGAACUGGUUUUCCCAUAUUUUACUUCUCUCCUCCCUUUUUCUUCUUACUUUUUGAAUGCUCCUCCUUUGCUAAGUAGCCCGUUGGAACUAUCAAGUUGUGAGAUGACUUUGACAUGGAAGAUAAGUGUUAGAUUUAUACUACAUGAAUGGAUUUUGUGUUGGUAUAUUCAUCUAUUUCUUGUAUUAAUGUC